UCCUUCCUAUGAAAGGUGUUUCCUUUCCCCUUUCUCUCCCCUCUUCCUCUCCCCCUUUUCGCCAUCUCUCAGUCAUUCUUAUGGCUACAAUAAGCUUGCUGUAAUGAUUUUGCGCCAUUGAUCAUCGAAAUCGACCCCCUCUUUGAGGGUUGCAUUUCGGAAUCGAUCCAUUUGUAUCCUCUUUUAAGUAAAAAGGGUACUUUUUAAGGGAUUUAUUACUCACAAUUGACCCUAAUAGUUGAGCAAUUAUGUAAAUAAUUUUGUAGCUCUAAUCCCCGCAAGAAAAGGCCCUUGUUUUUGGGCCUUUUCUAUGCCUUUUUUGUGACUGCUUGAGAUUUUGCCGACCAUGGAUCCAAAAAAAGGCGAAGACUUUGCCACCGAAGUGAGGAAGGAGAAGGUGGAUUCGAAGAUUAAUGGUUUUGGGAGUUUCAGUGGGAAGGACAUGUUCUUUAGAGCCGAUAAGAUUGAUCUGAAGAAUUUGGAUAUACAGCUGGAGAAGAAACUAUCUAAGGUUUGGAUAAAGGAGAGGAGCGCUUCGAAGAAGCCUGAGUAAUGGGAGAUCGAUCUAUCUAAGUUGGAUAUAAGAUAUGUUGUAGCAAAAGGAACUUACGAGUUACGGCACGGUUUAUCGAGGCACCUAUGAUGACCAAGAUGUUGCGGUGAAGUUGUUGGACUGGGGACUAGAUGGGGUUGCUACAGAGGCUGAAACCACUGCUCUUCGAGCAUCUUUCAAACAAGAGGUUGCGGUUUGGCAAAAGCUAAACAAUCCAAAUGCUACCAGGGUACGAAGUUGGUUAUGCAGCUGUAAUAGCUUACAUUAUAUGCUUCAGUCUCGCAACAUUUGUUGGGGCAUCAAUGGGAACAUCGGAUCUGAAGAUUCCACAGAAAAACGCUUCAAGUAAUGUCCAUAGCUCCUUUCCAACUAGAGCUUGUUGUGUUGCUGUUGAAUUUCUUGCUGGUGGAACUUUGAAGCAAUAUCUAAUCAAGAAUCGGCGAAAGAAACUUGCUUAUAAGGUUGUGAUUCAAUUAGCACUAGAUCUUGCAAGAGGUUUGAGCUAUCUCCAUUCCAAAACAAUUGUGCAUCGUGAUGUCAAGACUGAGAACAUGCUGUUGGAUAUCCACCGAACUCUUAAAAUUGCAGAUUUUGGUGUGGCUCGCGUCGAGGCCCAAAAUCCAAAGCACAUGACUGGUGAAACAGGCACUCUUGGCUAUAUGGCCCCAGAGGUCCUUGAAGGUAAGCUAUACAACCACAGAUGCGAUGUUUAUAGCUUUGGCAUAUGUUUAUGGGAGAUCUAUUGCUGCGACAUGCCCUAUCCUGAUAUCAGCUUUGCUGAUGUAUCCUCCGCUGUCGUUCGUCAGAACUUGCGGCCUGAGAUACCCCGCUACAGCCCGAACUCACUGGCGAGCAUAAUGAGGAAAUGCUGGGACUCGAACCCGGAUAAACGCCCUGAGAUGCAUGAAGUCGUGAGGCUCUUGGAGGCAAUCGACACGAGCAAAGGUGGGGGCAUGAUUCCGAGAUGGUCACGCCAGCGGGUGCUUCUGCUUUGUACCUGCCCGCGGCCCAUAGUUCCUUUUCGGAAUUGUUAUUUCCAAAUUCACUCACAACAUACAAGUUGGUAUAAAUGUGAUUUGUCCAAUUCUGGCGUUCCGAAGCCAUUUACAGUGGGUAAGAUGUGGUUGAGCAGAUGUGACGAGUCUAAGUAUUAUUAGUUGUAAUGAACUUGUUUUAUCUGUGAACUUGAUUUUCCAAA